AUGGCCGCUCCGCCGCGCCGCCGCCGCGCUGCCGCCGCGCCGCUGCUGCUGCCGCCGCUGCUGCUGCUGCUGGGGCUGCCGGGCGGCGGGCCCGGCGCGGCGGCGCGGGAGCCCCCCGGGCCGUGCCGCGUGAAGACGGUCACGGUGUCCACGCUGCCGGUGCUCCGCGAGAACGACAUCAGCUGGAGCGGCGCCCCGCCGCCCGCCGCCGCCGACUCCCGCCUCCUGCUCUUCGUCCGCAACGAGCUGCCGGGGCGCGUCGCCGUGCAGGACGACCUGGACAACACCGAGCUGCCCUUCUUCACCCUCGAGAUGUCUGGGACCGUGGCUGAUAUUUCCUUGGUGCACUGGAAGCAGCAGUGGUUGGAGAAUGGCACCCUGUAUUUCCAUGUCUCCAUGAACAGUGCUGAGCAGCUGUCUCGGGUCACUCCGCCUACCCUCCAGGAGCCUUCGGAGAUAGUGGAGGAGCAGAUGCACAUUCUUCAUAUCUCUGUCAUGGGUGGUCUGAUUGCUCUGCUCCUGCUCCUGUUGGUCUUCACAGUGGCUCUUUAUGCUCAGCGGCGCUGGCACAAACGCCGCCGGAUCCCUCAGAAGAGCGCCAGCACGGAGGCCACGCAUGAGAUCCACUACAUUCCUUCAGUGCUGCUGGGUCCACAGGCCCGUGAGAGCUUCCGCAACUCGCGCCUCCAGGCCCACAACUCAGUCAUUGGGGUACCUAUCCGCGAGACUCCCAUCCUGGACGACUACGAGGAUGAGGAAGAAGAAGAAACCCCACGACGGGCAGAGCCCAGCACCAGGGAGGAUGAGUUUGGCAGCCAAGUGACACGGACGUUGGAGAGCCUGGGCCGGGGUGGGGAGGAGAAACCUGACUACGAGAAGAAAGCUCCCGAGGUGACGCAGGAGACGGUGGAGUCCCUCAUGCAGAAGUUCAAGGAGAGCUUCCGCACCAACACACCCAUUGAGAUCGGGCAGCUCCAGCCCGCGCUGCGCAGCACGUCGGUGGGGAGACGGAAACGCCGGAGCCGACCCCGAGGUGGUAUCGGGUUUGGACGUGCCAAAGGAAACUCUGGCUCAGAGGCAGAUGAUGAAACGCAGCUAACCUUCUACACUGAGCAGUACCGGAGCAGGAGGCGAAGCAAAGGUUCGAUGAAGAGCCCUGUGAACAAGACAGCUCUGACCCUCAUUGCAGUCAGCUCCUGCAUCCUGGCUAUGGUGUGCGGCUCCCAACUGUCCUGCCCGCUGACGGUGAAGGUGACUCUUCAUGUACCCGAGCACUUCAUUGCUGAUGGCAGCAGCUUUGUGGUGAGCGAGGGGAGCUAUUUGGACAUCUCUGACUGGUUAAAUCCAGCCAAGCUUUCCCUUUACUAUCAGAUCAACGCCACCUCACCCUGGGUGAGAGAUCUCUGUGGACAGAGGACCACUGACGCCUGCGAACAACUCUGUGAUCAAGAGACAGGAGAGUGCAGCUGUCACGAAGGCUAUGCUCCAGACCCUGUCCAUCGUCAUUUAUGUGUUCGCAAUGACUGGGGACACAGUGAAGGGCCUUGGCCCUACACAACACUUGAGAGGGGAUACGAUUUAGUCACAGGAGAGCAAGCACCAGAGAAGAUACUCAGGUCCACCUAUAGUUUGGGUCAAGGCCUGUGGCUACCUGUCAGUAAGAGCUUCGUGGUACCCCCUGUGGAGCUUUCUAUCAAUCCUCUCGCCAGCUGCAAGACAGAUGUUCUGGUGACGGAAGAUCCAGCAGAUGUCAGGGAAGAAGCGAUGCUGUCCACCUACUUUGAAACCAUCAAUGACUUGCUCUCCUCCUUUGGGCCAGUCCGAGACUGCUCCCGCAACAACGGUGGCUGUACCCGCAAUUUCAAGUGCGUUUCGGAUCGCAAGGUGGACUCUACGGGCUGUGUGUGCCCCGAGGGCCUGAGACCCAUGAAGGAUGGCACCGGUUGCUAUGACUACUCCAAAGGGAUCGACUGCUCCGAUGGCUUCAACGGCGGCUGCGAGCAGCUCUGCCUGCAGCAGACCCUUCCUCUGCCGCACGAUCCCUCGUCCAGCACCAUCUUCAUGUUCUGUGGGUGUGUCGAGGAGUACAAACUGGCCCCGGAUGGCAAGUCCUGCAUCAUGUUGUCCGACAUCUGUGAGGGCCCCAAGUGCCUGAAGUCAGAUGUGAAAUUCAACGAUACUCUCUUUGGGGAGAUGCUUCGUGGCUAUAACAACAGGACACAGCACGUUAAUCAAGGCCAGGUGUUCCAGAUGACUUUCAGGGAGAAUAACUUCAUCAAGGACUUCCCGCAGCUGGCCGACGGCCUCCUGGUGAUCCCCCUGCCCGUGGAGGAGCAGUGCCGCGGCGUCCUCUCGGAGCCCCUUCCCAACCUCCAGCUGCUCACGGGAGACAUCAAGUACGACGAGGCGAUGGGCUACCCCAUGGUGCAGCACUGGAGGGUCAGAAGCAACCUGUACAGAGUGAAGCUCAGCUCCAUCACCCUCUCGGCAGGCUUCGCAAACAUCCUCAAGAUCCUGAGCAAGGACAGCAGCCGGGAGGAGCUGCUCUCCUUCAUCCAGCAGUUUGGCUCUCACUACAUCGCGGAGGCGCUGUAUGGCUCCGAGUUCAGCUGCACCAUCCACUUCCCCAGCAAGAAGGUCCAGCAGCAGCUCUGGCUCCAGUAUCAGAAAGAAACAACUGAGCUUGGGAACAAGAAGGAAUUGAAAUCCAUGCCAUUCAUAACCUACCUUUCGGGCCUGCUGACAGCACAGAUGCUAUCUGAUGACCACCUCAUCUCAGGUGUGGAGAUCCACUGCGAGGAGAAAGGGCGCUGCCCAUCAACCUGCCACUUGUGCCGGCGUCCAGGCAAGGAGCAGCUUAGCCCUACACCAGUUCUGCUAGAGAUCAACCGGGUGGUGCCUCUGUACGCUCUGAUCCAGGACAAUGAUACCAGGGAGGCUUUCAAGGGAGCCCUGAUGAGCUCAUACUGGUGCUCGGGGAAAGGUGAUGUUAUCGAAGACUGGUGCAGGUGUGACCUCAACGCCUUCGAUGAGAACGGACUCCCGAACUGCAGCCCUCUCCCUCAGCCUGUUUUGCGACUCUCCCCUACCGUGGAGCCCUCCAGCACAGUGGUCUCUUUGGAGUGGCUGGAUGUUCAGCCUGCAAUCGGAACGAAGGUGUCUGACUACGUCCUGCAGCACAAGAAGGUGGAUGAGUACACGGACACAGACCUCUAUACAGGAGAAUCCUUGAGCUUUGCAGAUGAUUUGCUUUCUGGCCUUGCAACCUCCUGUGUGGCAGCGGGUAGGAGCCAUGGAGACGUCCCUGAAACCAGCCUCUAUUCAGUCAUUUUCAAGUGCCUGGAACCAGAUGGUCUGUACAAGUUUACCCUAUACGCAGUGGAUACACGAGGGAGACACUCAGAGCUGAGCACAGUCACCCUGAGGACAGCCUGCCCAUUGGUAGACGACAGCAAGGCAGAAGAGAUAGCUGACAAAAUCUACAACCUCUACAAUGGUUAUACCAGUGGGAAGGAGCAGCAGACAGCCUACAACACGUUGAUGGAGGUCUCCACUUCCAUGCUUUUCCGAGUGCAGCACCACUACAACUCCCAUUACGAGAAAUUUGGAGACUUUGUCUGGCGCAGUGAGGACGAGCUGGGGCCCAGGAAAGCACACCUGAUCCUGAGGAGGCUGGAGAAAGUCAGCAGUCACUGCUCCACGCUGUUACGCAGUGCCUAUAUCCAGAGCCGCACUGAAACCGUGCCCUAUUUGUUCUGCCGCAGCGAAGAAGUCCGGCCACCCGGCAUGGUCUGGUACAGCAUCCUAAAAGACACCAAAGUAACGUGUGAGGAGAAGAUGGUCUCCAUGCUGCGCAACACGUACGGAGAAUCCAAAGGGCGGUGAGGGAAGGUGUGGGCCUGGAGCUGCGGGAGGCGCAGGCACUCCGAGGAGCCGAGGACUCGGGAAACGCUGAGUGGCUGGUGGGGUUUGGGGGAAGGGUUCAGAGGGGGUGGAAGGGGACAGCGAGGCCAAGCAGGACUUUCUCACACAGAUGGCAGAGAAACAAGAAAUCAGCAAGUCGGACUUUGAUUUCCUUUUAUUUUAUUUUUUUUUAAUUUUUCAAGAGAAAAAAAUAUGCCUAAUUUGACUCAGCGUAAAAGUCUCUCCUUUUUAAUCUUUUCUUACUGAAUUUCCUGGACUACACGCUCCUAAACCCUGAGAGGAGGAGACACCCGAUGAUAGAGGCCAGGGCCAGGCCAGGGCAAGAGCGGGCAGCGGGGAGCUGCCGGGCCAGGGGCGCGCUCCCCGCUGCCCAGCCCCGCGCACGGCCGGCGAGGAGCGGCCGGGUCCAGAGGCCCAAGGAGGAGCUCCUUCGGCUCCGGGAGGUGCCGCGCGAAGCUGGCAACACCACGCUGAAAGCGGAGGCCGCAGAGAUGAAUGCCAGGCAGGUGCAAGGACGUUGCGGGCACACUGGCUUUUUUAAACACGCCGAGUUCACAGAACUGCUCCGUGCGGAGCCUUCGUUCGCAAGGCUCCCGACAGCUUGUUCUGCGCAUUAAAGAUUCCUAUUA